CCAUUACUUACUUCGCUAUAAAGGAAGGAAAGAAACAGAUUGCUUAAAAAUAGAGAGAACAAAAGAAAGAAGAAAAGCUCACAGAACUUAAAAAAAGAAGAAGAAGAUGUAUAAUCAACAACAAUAUCCUGUUGGUGCUCCUCCUCCCCAAGGGUAUCCUCCUAAGGACGCUUAUCCUCCCACUGGCUAUCCUCCCGCCGGUUAUCCACCGCCGGGAUAUGCUCAGGGAUACCCUGCUCAAGGUUAUCCUCCACCUCAAUACUCUCAAGCUCCUCAACAAAAGCAACAAGUUGGUAUGCUGGAAGGAUGUUUGGCUGCGCUCUGCUGUUGCUGUCUCUUGGAUGCUUGUUUCUGAUGGGAGAGUUAUCAGUCAAUGAUUCUUUUUUUUCAUUACAUGUAAUGGAAAAGACAGACUCUGUCUCGUUCAAUAUAUAUCUUCUGUUUGUUUAUCUUCUUUUUAAUUUUUGUAUCUUAAGAAGGAUGAUUGACUCGAGCAUGA